GAUUGGGGCGAGGCUCUAGGCGAAUUGACCGUCGCUCUUUGACCUCCCGGAGGUCGGGGUCGCACUAAGGCGCCUAAUAAACCUGGGCUGUUUUGGAGGAUUUAGUGGGACCCUCUGACAUCGCGGGGUGGGCAGCGGUUGGCUGUACCUCGGGUCUUUACCUGGUACCAAGUGUGUUGGGCGGGAUUCCGAGACCCUUCAGAAACUCUGCCUGGGCCUGAAGGUCAUGGAUGGCACAGAGCUGCCAGGAGUGUUGGUGUUUGCACUUGAUGGACCCCAUGGCAUAUGCAAGGAUCACAUUGGAGACCUGCAGAAACACUUCAGUCUAAUCACCAUGAAAGAGUUUGUGGAAAAUAGAGCACAAUUCUGCCAGAAGAUCCAAGCUGUGUACAUCUGGGGUGGGAAGCCGGCCAUUGACAGGGAGCUCCUGUGGAGCCUGCCUUCCCUGAAGAUCAUUGCCAAUGGAGGGGUUGGCGUGAACCACCUGGACCUGCCACUUAUUGCUAGCCUCGGUGUGAAGGUGGCCAACACACCAAAAGCUGUCUCUGACCCCACAGCAGACCUGGGGAUGGCCUUACUGCUAGCUGCAGCCCGCAGGGUCCUUGAAGGCUGUCAUCUGGCUGCUGCACCAGGUACAAAGGAGUUCUGUGUGAACUGGAUGGGCCAGGAGGUGACAGGGGCAACACUGGGGAUCAUUGGCAUGGGCAGUAUUGGCUACAAGAUCGCUCAAAGGGCCAGAGCGUUUGACAUGAAGAUUUUGUACCACAAUAGGAACCGCAGGAAAUUGGAGGAGGAGAAAGUCAUUGGGGCCACUUACUGCAAGAGGCUGGAUGAUCUGCUGCAGCAGUCAGACUUUGUGAUGCUGACUCUGAGCCUUACACCCCAGACCCACAGACUGAUCGGGUGCCGGGAGCUGAGGCUGAUGAAACCCACUGCCAUUCUCAUCAACGUAGGCAGAGGUCUGCUGGUGGAUCAGGAUGCCCUGGUGGAAGCUCUUCAGACUGGGGUCAUUUGUGCCGCAGCACUGGACGUGACCUACCCAGAGCCCCUGCCCAGCCUGUGGCAACACCUCAAAAAGAAGCUCUUGAUGCCCCAGGCAAUGGCCAUGGAGAAGGAAGCUGCAUGAGAUACCUCCCAUAUCCAGCUGUGACCCUCGGUAUUGCCAAAGGAUAAGUUUGGUCAUUCUCGGUUAGAAAUCUGUGCAGUUUCUAUGUUUCACUUUAGUCUUGUUUUCUGAGGUUCAAUAUCCUCAUACCAUCAACUGUAACCUACAUGAUGCAAUUUCUACCUUUUCCAUUAUCAUCAUCUUCCUAGCACUGUUAGUUUCCAAAGUCCUGUGAAAAUUGCUCCUGAGAACCAAAUGUGAUGCCUGUGUCCUUGGGUUUGCAGGUGUGCAUCAGCAGGACACAUGUUAUCUGAUCCCCUGUUACACCCUUAACUUGUGAAGUUUUUAGUGAGAUAAAACUGAAGUUGUUAUUCCCUCAUUGCUUUUUAAGUAAUGUGUGGAAAUUUAUAGAUAUUUCAUUUGCUUGUGUAUUUUGACCCAAAGAUCAAAAAGCAAUCUCAACAUAAAUUAGGAAGCAUGAGCAUUGUAGACACUUAAUGUCUAACUAACCUGGAAACCUAGAAGUUCCAUGAUCAUUCCUGAUGUUCUACUGAAAUGACCUACUUAUUAGAUUCAAAAAUAAGUCACAGGGCAAAUACCAGGGUUAUUCCCAAAAUUUCAUUUAACACAAGUGGUACAUUCCCUGUGUUCUGUACAAAGCAGCUAUCUGGCCUGUUACUAAAUAAGUAAUUUAAUCUUUUACUGUCUCUUUGAUACUAAUCUUUUGAUACAAAUCUUUCAUCUCUGUACUGUCUCUAACAAACUGAGUUUUCAUCUUGGUUUGGGGGAGAAACUUUAUUGCUGCCCACUAUGGGUGUGCUUUACAGAUAAAAAAGAAUAGAAUAUUUUAUAAAGCAAAAUAUUCAGGAUUAUUUAGUGACAUUAAACAUUCUUUGCUUUGCAAAAUAGUUACUACUGGAUUGUUU